UGGUUAUAAGCAUGUGCAGCUAAGAACAGAAUUGGGCUUACCUCUACCAUUAGCCACAUUAUUUUUAUCUAUAGUAGUUAAGGAUUACGUUCCGCAUAACUUUGUGGACAUUGCCGAUGCACUCGCGAAUCCGAUAAAAUAUCAAAGUGCAUUGGACAAACGUGCAGAGCAACUGGCUGUGCUCACAGAAGAUAUGGAACCAGAAUUGAAUGCUGAUGGAGAAGAAGACCACAAGGGUGAGGGUGGUGACAAAUGUGAUACAAAAGGGGAUGCAAAUGUGCACCUGUCUAGUACGACAGGCAGUGGCAGUAUCUCUUCUCUAGUUGCUAAACCUCAGCGUAGAAUGACCAUAUCAAACGUCGCCUGCAGACGAGAGCUUCUAACAUCCGACGGCGGCAGUCCUCAUUCAAUAACCGCCGGCGGUAGUCCUCGUUUGCAUCACCGGGCUAGUGUGGUUACCAGCACCGCCUUGGGCGGGAUGGUUGCAGGCGGCGGUCUCAUCGCCAAUGCAGCCACUGUCUCGUCUCUGACUGGAGGAACUGACGACAAAGAAUUCAGUGACGGUCAGAACGAGGUCACAAGCAGCGGAGCAAGCGGUGGGGACAUGCCUGUUGUCAGAACUAUUUCAGCUGCUUUACAAAAAGCUCUCGAUCAGGCUAUUCCAGUGCGAAGUCCCGAAGCGAUAGCUGCAGAAGACAUCAAAGCUGAAACACUGGAAAAACUUUUCGAAAAUAAAUCCGUUGCUGAGAAACGUUUGGAGAUGGAGAAAAAAAUAGAAUCGUUGCGUAAGAAACAAGACAAGGAAAGGCAAAAGUCUUUGGAGGGUAGCGGAUUAGCUGAGAAGAGAUCUUCUAAAUUCUAUAUGAGCAGUAAACUUGUGAAGAGGCUAUCCAGUAAAAAUAUCAGUGACGCACCUUGGUCAUCGGCGGGAUCUUUAGGAAGUGUUGACGGGGAUAGUCACGCUGUGGCUGCCGCCGCUUCUUGUCCAGCUUUAGCUCGGCUGGUUCGCGAGCACGCUAUUCAACUCAAAGAACUUCAGGAACGUUAUCAUGAAACAAUAUAUUCCAUAGCCGAAAAGGCUUUAAAACAAUCUCAGGCCAAUCAGAUGAAAGCUUUGAGGGCUUUGCUGGAUAGAGAAACGGCGGAACUGGGACAAAUAUUAGAAACGACGAGGCGGAAAGAAGUCAAAGAUCUUGCUAAAAAGCAUCGAGAUCGAGAUGAACUCAUUCGUAUGAAAAGAGAAGUGGCAACAGCAAUCGUCGAAAGGGGUGUUGCAGAACGAGUUAGACUUGCCCAAGAUUAUGAGAGAAGAAUUGAUGUUCUACAACGUGAACAUAAUCUUGUGAAAAAAAAUCUUGAAGAACAUCGAUUGAAGGCGAAGAAUGAUUUGGAACUGGAGUAUUCUAGUCGCAUAAGUUCCGCCGAGUGCGGUGAAACCGCCGGCAGCGGCGCCUCCACGGCGGCGGUGUCGAGCUUACAGGAACAGCCGUUGGAGCUGUAGCACGAGCGGCUCUCGACCAUCAGCGAGACAAUCUCCGCCACAACCAAAUCCAAAUGCGGUAAAUGUAAUAGUUGUUGUCGGACCGCCGACAGUCCGUGACAGCCACAGCUGACCAAACACGGCCAAUAAUCCUAUGAAAAGCGGUUUGCAAGCAUGCAGAUCGUCAUAGAUCUCUCGAUAGAAAAUUAAUUUCGACAUAGCACCAUAUGCCUAUGGUUAAAGGUGCAAUUUGUGUGUCAGUUCCAACCUUGCUUAAAAGCAAAUUUACCGAUUCGGUUUGUCUAAUUGCAGCUCCAAAAUUGAAGGUAAUUCAAAGAAAAUUAUCUUAGGCAAUAGUAAUAUAUCUGAAGAUUUCAUGUGAGAUCCCACGUUUUGAAACUGUUUUAAAAUAUUCGCUUCAAAAACUCAGCGUUCGUGUAUUAUUAAACAAUUUAGUUAUUGUGUAAA